AUGUCUUGCAACUGCUUCAUUGUGCCGCCUCACCUACUCAAGGCAAUUGCAGAUUCGACUCACAAUUCAGAGGAGAUCCGCAAGUCUGCCCAGAAAGGGCUGGAUUUCCAUGAGAAGCUAAUUGAUGCUCGCAAAGAGCGUUUGUCUUCUCUAAGCCAGCCUCGGGGUGCUCGUGGUGAGGUUCUUGCUCUUCGUCCCGCACCUUUUAUCCCAGAAACGCUGCUACAUCAGCUAUCUCUUUCUGAAGAUGUUGACGAGGCCGUCCGCGAACGUGCUAAAAGAGACUUGGAGCAUUUCCAGUCGCUAAUGGCACCCAAAGCCGAACCCCAAGAAGAACCGCAAUCCAUGGUGAAGCCAAAGAAGGGUCCGAAAGAUGCACCAUAUCGAGCUGUCUACGACGCUGAGCACACGACCAACCCAGAAGAGCUGCCUGGGGAGCUGAAGAGGGCCGAGGGCCAGCCCAAGACAAACGAUAAGGCUGUCAAUGAAGCUUAUGACAAUGUCGGUGCCGUUUUGGAUUUCUACAGGAAGAAGUUUCAGUGGAAAUCGAUCGACAACAAGAAUUGUGAUGUCAUCUCGUCAGUUCAUUUUGGCGAGAGCUACGAGAAUGCCUUCUGGGACCCGGAACAGAUGAUGAUGGUUUUCGGUGAUGGUGGAGAGUUUUUGAGCAACUUCACAAACUGCAUCGAUGUUAUCGGGCAUGAGUUGACCCAUGCUGUCACAGAGCACACUAGCCCUCUCGACUAUGUAGACCAGCCAGGCGCCUUGAAUGAACACGUCUCUGACGUCUUUGGCAUCAUGAUCAAACAAAAGAAGGAGGAUGAGACUGCUGAAAAGGCCGACUGGUUGAUCGGUGAAGGCUGUCUCCUGCCUGAUGUUAAAGGAUUGGCCCUCCGCAGCAUGAAAGCCCCAGGAAGUGCAUACGACGAUCCCCGAUUCGGAAAGGAUCCUCAAGUCGAUAAUAUGAAAGACUACAAAAAGACGUACGAGGACAAAGGAGGAGUUCACAUCUUCUCCGGCAUUCCGAAUAAGGCCUUCUAUCUUGCAUCCGUUGCUUUUGGAGGUUACUCGUGGGAGAAGGCAGGGCAGAUUUGGUGGAAGGCACUGAACAGUGGGAAGAUUCCGGCUCGAUGCAGCUUUACACAAUUUGCCGAUGUUACUGUGGAUUGUGCUGAAGAAGAAUUUGGCAAAGAUGCUGCCGAAAUUAUCCGCAAGGCAUGGACUGAUGUUGGUGUCACUCGCGAUAUCUAG